AAGCCCUUUUCUCAACGUGGUCGUGUUGAACGGUUCUAGCGUGUUGAACACUGACUUUAUACCUCAAAAAUAACCGGCUAAAGACGAUUAACCAUGGGUAAAAUCAAGACUUCCAAAAAGGCUCAACCGGAUGAGACAAAGAAAGUAAAAAAGGUGAAGGAAACUAAUAACAAUAUUGAUGUGAAUGGUGACAAAACUGAAAAGAAAGACAAGAAGAAGAAGAAGGCAAAGAAUGGACCUGUGAAAGCACCUCCUGCCAAGAAGCCUGCUAGCUCUGAUUCAAGCUCAGAUGACUCAGACUCUGAGAUGGACACAAGUGCCCCUGUAACCAAGAAAAAGACCCCAAAGCCAGCAAAGACUCCUGCCAAAGAUUCCUCAAGCUCAGAGUCAGACUCUGAAGAAGAAGCACCCAAGAAAACAGCCCUCAAGACAGAUGUUCUUAAACUAAAGGGUAUCAAGAAGGAAUCUGAUUCCUCAGAAAGUGAAAGCGAAGAUGAAGAACCAGCCCCCAAAAAGAAGGAUAAGAAAAAAGUGGUCAAUGGAAAGGGUAAAAAAGAAGAUAAAAAGGCAACAAAAAAGCCAGUGAAGAAAGAAUCUAGCAGUGACGAUUCAAGCUCUGAAGAUGAAAAACCAGCAGCAAAGAAGACUGCUGCAAAAGAAAAACCUGGUGCAAAAAAAGAAGAGUCAAGUAGUGAUGAAGACUCCAGUGAUGAAGAAGAGAAGCCUGCUACAAAAGCCAAAGCAGCUCCAAAAAAAGAAGAAGAGUCAAGUAGUGAUGAAGAUUCCAGUGAUGAAGAAGAGAAGCCUGUAGCAAAGAAGAAUGCUGUAAAAGGCAAAGCAGCUCCAAAAAAAGAAGAGUCAAGUAGUGAUGAAGACUCCAGCGAUGAAGAAGAGAAGCCUGAAGCAACGAAGGCUGCAGCAAAAGCCAAAGCAGCUCCAAAAAAAGAAGAGUCAAGUAGUGAUGAAGACUCCAGCGAUGAAGAAGAGAAGCCAGAAGCAAAGAAGGCUGCAGCAACCAAGGAAGACGAGUCAAGUUCUGAUGAAGAAUCUUCAGAUGAAGAGGAAACUAAAAAGAAACCAGUAGCUCAAGUAAAUGGUGCAGCUAAAAGGAAGAACACAGAAUCAUCAUCAGAGGAAGAUUCAGAAUCUGAAGAGGAAAAUCCAGAACCCAAAGCAAAGAAAUCUAAGAAAGAGGAAUCAUCAGACAGUGAUGAGGAUUCAGACGAAGAAGAAGAAGAGGAAGAGGAGAAGCCAAAAGAAAAGGCCAAGAAAAGAAAAGCUGCAGAUAUAGAAGCAACCAAGACACCGAAACAAAAGAAGUCUGCUGAUGGAAAUUAUAGCUUAUUCAUUGGUAACUUGUCAUAUGAUGCUGAUGAAGAAAGUUUAAAGGGCUUGUUUGACGAGAGUGGCCUCUCUGCUUCUGUUAGGAUCAUCACAAGUGAAGGAAGAUCAAGAGGAUUUGGUUAUGCAGAUUUCACCAGUUCUGAAGACUAUGAAAAAGCUCUAGAGAUGAAUGGUACUGAAUUCUGUGGACGAGAGUUGAAAAUCAAUCCUGCCGACAGCAAACCUAACACCCCUAGAAGUGGUGGUGGUGGUAGAGGAGGUCGUGGAGGCGGAAGAGGUGGUUUCAGUUCAGGACCACAAAAUCCUCCUCACAAGUCACUGAUCGUCAGAAAUCUUUCAUACAAUACUACGACAGAAUCUCUAGGUGCUGCUUUUGAAGGCUGUAGUAAUGCUAGAGUCAUUACGGAUAGAGAUACAGGAGAAUCUAAAGGGUUUGGAUUUGUCGACUUUGAUGAUGUUAACACUGCCAAGGAAGCACUCAACCAAAUGAGUGGAUCACAAAUAGAUGGCAGACAAGUUAGACUAGAUUUCUCAUCACCUAGACCCGAAGGUGGUGGACGAGGAGGUGGAAGAGGUGGCGGAUUCGGUGGCCGUGGUGGUGGAUGGGGUGGGGGGCGUGGACGUGGAGGGCGUGGUGGAAAUAGAGGAGGAGGAGCAAGCUUUCAACGAAAAGGAACUAUUCAGGAAUUCAAGGGCUCGAAAAUAACCUUCGAUUAGUUUUCCUGUUGACUUAGAAUCUUGUAUUUUAGUCAUCCAUUUUUAUAACCCAACCAUCUAAAACUUGUAAUUUUGUUUUGACAAACCAAAUGUAAUAUAGACAACAUCUGCUGUAACUUCUGUCAUCCCAUUGUAACGCAAAUGUAACAAAAACAUAUUCUAUUUACUAUUAUUUUUAUUGAAAAUUGCUGGAAGGAUAAGCAUGGAUCUUCCUCCAUAGAUCAUAAUAUAAUUAUUUACCCAGGAAAGGAAACAAAAUAUGAUGGUAUUUUGGGUUUUGAUGUGACUUAUACCAGGUACUCAGUGAGUCUAACGAGGUUUUAUUUAUCUUUCUGGUAUUAAAAUCAAAGAUGAUCAUCGUAAAGUCUUAACAAGGUUUUACUGAAGAUUUCUACCAUUUACUCGUAGGAUAAAACAAUGACAAGUUGUGAAAUAUUUUCAAAUGCUGUAAUAAGUAUUUCUUCAAAAUUUGAAACAAGGCUGUGUUCGAAGUAACAAACCUUCCUUGAUGAGUUUGUUAGAAAAACAUGUAGUUGUUGGUUUCAUUUUAAGGGUAUAAAAUGGUCGCCCAGUAUUUUUCUCGUAUCAAACUAAUUUGUAUAUACAAAUACACCAUAGAAAGUUUGUAAACAAAAAAUACUUAAUAUUCAUUAUCCUGAAGGAAAUGUAAGGUUACUGUUGACCACUCCUAAGGACCAAGGUAUCAUUCUUUUUACAGUAUAAAACUACUGAGAGAUAUUGUAGCUAUGGUAUUUUCAUUCAUUGUAAUUGUUCACAAAAAAUAAACUUUUCCUUCACCAAA